GGGGGGGGGGGGGGGAAUUCAGUGCAAAGUGUAGUCAUCGUCUGACCCCUUCAGCUCCCCUCGCACGCAUGUUCUGUCUUUCUCAGGGUGAAAUGUAUGGAGCGGAUUAGUUACGUUGUUACUGUUGCUUGACAUUACAAUGGUUGAAUUUACCAUUUUCAAAAAGGUAAUUGGCAAUCUUGAGGGAGAUUCAAAAAGGACAGUGUUCAUGUGAUCUAAUUCUAACACUGUGAUGUUAAUAAGUUACUGAGGAGAAGUGCCCAUUACUUACUGUGGAGUAGUGUGAAUUACCUACGGUGGAGAAGUGCCCAUUACUUACUUUGGAGUAGUGUGAAUUACCUACGGUGGAGAAGUGUAAGUUUUAGAUUUUAUUAACUAAUUAUAAAAAGUGUUGGACUGCAAUAAAGCUUUAAAAUAGAUUAAUUAGACACCAACAAUUUGUGUCAAUAUGACAAUAUAAGGUAGGCUUUAAUGAUAAUUUUACAGAAUACAAAAAUAUACGUUUCGGCACUUGCCUUCAUCAGUAAAACAAAUAGACAAAGUGAAUGUUGUAAGGAUAUAAUGUGAAUUAUGAAUAUUGUUGGUUGUUAGGAAACAAUGUGAAUGCUGUAAGGGUACAAUGUGAAUGUUGUAAAGAUUUAAUGUGAAUGUUGUAAGGGUACAAUGUGAAUGUUGUAAGGGUACAAUGUGCAUGUUUCAAGGGUACAAUGUGAAUGUUUCAAGGGUACAAUGUGAAUGUUGUAAGUGUACAAUGUGAAUGUUGUAAGGGUACAAUGUGAAUGUUGUAAGGGUACAAUGUGAAUGUUGUAAGGAUACAAUGUGAAUGUUGUAAGGGUACAAUGUGAAUGAUGUAAGGGUACAAUGUGAAUGUUUUAAGGGUACAAUGUGAAUGUUUUAAGGGUACAAUGUGAAUGUUUUAAGGGUACAAUGUGAAUGUUGUAAGGGUGCAAUGUGAAUGUUUUAAGGGUACAAUGUGAAUGAUGUAAGGGUACAAUGUGAAUGUUGUAAGGGUACAAUGUGAAUGAUGUAAGGGUAAAAUGUGAAUGAUGUAAGGGUACAAUGUGAAUGAUGUAAGGGUACAAUGUGAAUGUUUUAAGGGUACAAUGUGAAUGUUGUAAGGGUACAAUGUGAAUGUUGUAAGGGUGCAAUGUGAAUGUUGUAAGGGUACAAUGUGAAUGUUGUAAGGGUACAAUGUGAAUGGUGUAAGGGUACAAUGUGAAUGAUGUAAGGGUACAAUGUGAAUGUUGUAAGGGUACAAUGUGAAUGUUUUAAGGGUACAAUGGGAAAGUUGCAAGGUUACAAUAUGAUUGUCUAUAGAGAAAAACAAAGAAAAAGAAAUAUUUGCAUAUAUUUUGAUAGGCAAAGAGAUCUGAUUUCAAUAUGACCGGUUAGGAAUACUUUUCACUAAAAGGAUCAUGGCAACUAAUUCUUUCUUUGCCCCACCGUCAUCCAGGUAUAUGACGUGAAAGUAGUUAUAAUCCAUAAUUUACUCAGGACCGGCCCAACUGUUGCUUGCGCCCAGUGCAAUCGUACCUUUGGCGCCCCUUUUAAGUAUAAACAUACAAAUUUGUGCAGGGAAAAAAUUGGGGAUUGGGUGAUAAGUUUAUUACCUUGGCUGUUGUUUUUAAAAACAAAUAAUGAACAGUAACAUUGGUUUUUUUAACUUCUAUUUGGUUAUUAUUAGCAGUUAGCCUACGGGGGGGGGGGGGGGGGGGGGGGGGGGGGGGGCGAAACGAACGGUGUAGUAAGAAAGGCCCGGAGGCCCCCCCCCUCCCCGUGCACACCGGAGAUUGUAAUAACUGCCCAAAAAGGCCCAUGACGAAUGCUCGUCGCGUCGUCGUGGGCCAGCACCUCCCUGGCGGGGAGGGGGGGUGGGGCAGUACUAACAAGUAGCCCACCGUGGGCAGCCUACAUGGCGCCCCGGGAAACUGUCCGAGUUGCCGAUACCUCGAACCGGCGCUGCCUUUAUUGCGCAGUGAAAGACCUUUUAAGUCGACCCUUCAGUUGAAUGCAUUGCAUGGCGUAGACUGGCAGAACAAAAUGCCCCCCCCACCCCCACCCCAGAAGUUAUAUUUGCCCCCUUUAUCCUAAAAGAUAAAAUUAGAGCUUUCUAUUUUAUAUCGGUUCAUCGCUGAUCAACAGUUUUAUUGGAAAAGGAAACGCAAUCUAUAGGAUGGUUCUCAAACUUCCCUAAGGGCCUCAUGAGGGUUCUCCGAUGUUUCAAGGGCCAUAGCACUUACUCGUCAUUAUGAUCAAUAAGUGUUAAGUGUCGUCCAUAAAGAACGUUAAGCUAUUUUUAGAACAUUUUUACACCCUUCCCACCCCUCCCCCUCCCCCUGUCACAAACUGUCAGAAAUCUCAUACCCACCCACCACAAAAUUACGUCACACUUUUGAACUAAAAAAUUAUUAAAAAAUGAAAAACUAAUUAAAAUUCAAUAUGAUAGCGGUCUGACAUUCUCGCAACAUGGCCCGCCCAGCAAAGCUGGGUCUUCAUUAAUAAGGUAUGUAAUGCUAGGGAAACCUGCUUGUGCGAGUACCACAGUGUCCGUGAUCUUGUCCUGCCAGACCUGCUUGUGCGAGUACCACAGUGUCUGGGAUCUUGUCCUGCCAGACCUGCUUGUGCGAGUACCUCAGUGUCUGGGAUCUUGUCCUGCCAGACCUGCUUGUGCGAGUACCACAGUGUCUGGGAUCUUGUCCUGCCAGACCUGCUUGUGCGAGUACCUCAGUGUCUGGGAUCUUGUGCUGCCAGACUUGCUUGUGCCAGUACCUCAGUGUCUGGGAUCUUGUCCUGCCAGACCUGCUUGUGCGAGUACCCCAGUGUCUGGGAUCUUGUGCUCCCAGACUUGCUUGUGCCAGUACCACAGUGUCUGGGAUCUUGUCCUGCCAGACUUGCUUGUGCCAGUACCACAGUGUCUGGGAUCUUGUCCUGCCAUUUGAUGUUUAAGAUUUUUUGAAGGUUCAUCGCGUGAAAGUGGUUUAGUUUCCUUGCAUUGCGUUGAUAGACUGUCCAUGAUUCACAUGUAUAUAGAAGCGUUGGGAGCGACAGCUGUCUUGUGAACAUUUAUUUUGGUUUGGGCCCUGAUGCCUCCCCUUGUCUAUAUACUCUUAGACAUUUAUUCCAAAUGUUGCAUAGGCUCUUGCAAUUCGAAGGUUCACCUCAUCAUCAAUGGGUGCUCUUUGAGACAGUGUGAAGUCGAUGUAAGAGACGCUUUUUACAACUUUAACCUUACGCCAUUGACUUGGAUGCUUAAUACGAAACACACUUCAUUAUUAAACUAUUAAAUUGAUAAAACUGAUAUCUUCCGUUAGAAUACAUCGAUCACAACGUAAAGUUAAACACCACGAUCAAUUUCUGGUUUUAUGUGUUUGGUUUUUAAAAAAAGGACAAUUUACUUAAUCUUUAACAUCUCCCACCUUUAUUUUUGUUGUUGUUGCUGCUGUCCCCCAGAAGGUUUUGUUCGGCACACUUCACAUCGCGUAUAGAAGUAAUGAAGAUGUUAAAAUAAAAUACUGUGUCACUGACAUUAAAUAAGAUAUUUGUGUUUACAUGAUGUUCCAGCGCUUCAGUGUAAGAAGCCAUGGCAGUACAGAACGGAGACAAGUCAAGCUGUCAACUUGAAGACUACGAUCUGGUCUUGUUGACAGCCUGCGACAUCCACGGCGUCGCCAGAGGGCGCUUUAUCUUCAAACGUAGUGUUCAAGGUUUUGUUAGGAAUGGCCUGGGAAUGACGCAAGGUGAGUGGCUUGUGGUCUCCGUCCAUAUACAACUGGUGCUGGAGUUCAAAUCCUUCUGUUGUAUUCAGUAGAACCCAAAUUCGCCGGAACCAUAGAAAAUCAAGUUGAUCAUUAGCCAAACCCCUGUUCUUUGGUUCUGCCAGACCUAAGAAUUUUUUUAAAUGUCCAAAAUCUUAUAUCCGUAAAUAUGACGGAAGUGUUCAUAAUGCCCCACAGGCGAUCAAGAUCCAAUCACAAUAAUAAAUUUGAAAUCUGUAACACACCUAUGUACAAAUAUUGACGGUCAAAAUCAACACAGGAAAGUAGCAACAGGACUUCAAACAAUAUAUAUGUUCCAUUUCAGCUUCUCUCUUCUCUGGCAUCAUGUGCGACAUACCACUCAAUCUGACGGCCUACGCCAAAGAAGGGUGGAGUAACGGAACACUCAUACCUGACACUGACACCCUCAGGCCACUGUCAUGGCUGUCAUAUGGUGGCAAGAAGGUACUGAAAGCUUUUUGAUGAUUCAAAAGUUCUAAAAGUAAUGAUUUAGCUUCCAGGUAACAGUUCUUCCCAACCUUGUCAUGGAGAUCUCGCCACCCUGGCCAUGAACCAAUAUAUUGAAAAUAUCCACAUAUCAUUUAUCCAUAAUAAAAAAGACUCAACUAACUACAAUUUCUUACAAUAAAAUGUCUUUUAUUGAAUACAAUAUUUAUAGGAUAUUUUUUUUUUUUUGCAUUUCUUUUGUUGUUGUUGAUAGAUUUCAAUUUAGAAUUAGAUAAUUAAUUUUAAAGUUCCAUAAAAGAAAUAUGUGGUAGAUAAAUUUUGAUUAAUUUGCCAAGCGCAUUUUACCAUUAAAAUGAUCAAGAUUUAAUUCUAUCCCCAUGUUUCCUGGAAGCAUGGUAUGGCGAUAACUAGCAAACAUUCAAUGGAUACAUUCAUACAUUCGAUUACUUUCAGGUGGGACAUUUGCUCUGCGACCUGCUAAGCUCCAAAGGCGAGCCAGAGGUGGCCAUGCCUCGCACUGUAGCUGUCUCACAGCUUAAGGCACUAAAUGACAUCGGCUAUGACAUCUCUGUCUCACUGCAGCUUGAGUUUGUCAUCCUCAAGAAGGACUCCAUUAUACCCAUUUCACUUCACGUAUGUAUGUCCUAUUACCUAACUCACCGAAAGAUACGUUGAUCAUUACCCCCACCCCCACCUCCCCCACCCCGGAAAAAAUAAACCGUAAAAAGAUCUAAAAAGGCUUAUCUCUGAGUGAAGCAUUUUUAUCCUUUUAAUUUUAUGCUUUAUACAAUGUUCAAGUUUAAAGAAAAAAAAACAACCCAAAUACAUCAAAACGUUUGCUCUUUUCCACUAUACAUUUUUCUCACAGCAAAAUAUUGACAACUAGUUAUAGCCCGCCAAACAUUGGCGACGGCAAUGCGUGAACUUCCCAUCUACUUGACAAGGUUACUUGACAAAACAUGAACUCAAGUAUCUCACAUUUAUGAAUUCCAGUUUUUGCUACACCCCCCCCCCUCCCUAAUGAUACGUCACUGCACACUUUUUUUUUUUCACGCCCAUGAACUAUAUUCAAUAUUCUAAUGUCCCAAACACUUUUAAACUGAAGAUUUUUUUUCACUCCAUACUUAAAUUGAGACGAUUUCAUUGAUCGAAAAAUAUUACGCACCAAACGAAGUUGCGUUAUUAUUAGCGUAGCUAUCGGGAAUUAUAUUUUGCGCGCUAGUGAACUCAUUAUCUAUAUUAUAUGUAUAGUCUGCAUGGUGGUGGUGAUGUUUGACCUUUGCUGGCGAAUUAUAUAUAUAGAUAAUUAGUUUUCAUUUCCUCUGUUAUUAUUUCAUUAUCAAACCCUUCAAGCAACUAUUAAUUUAUCUUAAAUAUUGUGCUAUUUUCAAUUCCAGGAAGACAUCUCUCAGCUGAACAACACAUUAUUGAGGGCACUCCAUGACAGUGGUGUUCCUGUUGUUUCUAUCGGCAAGGGAGCUGAGCCAGGCAAACUUCAGGUAAUAUUUGAUAUUGAUGGUACGCUGUUCUUGCCCUUGAAUGGCAUGGCAUUUUCGGCCUACUACGUCGUUUUUGUUUUGUGGAAUGGGAGGGAAAAAAAUCUUGGCCCACCCCGGGUGGCACUGCACUAGUUACACCACUGACCCUAGCUACACCACUGACCCUAGCUACAAUACUGACCCUAGCUACACCACUGACACUAGCUACACAACUGACCCUAGCUACACCACUGACCCUAGCUACACCACUGACCCUAGCGACACCACUGACCCUAGCUACACAACUGACCCUAGCUACACAACUGACCUAGCUACACCACUGACCCUAGCUACACCACUGACCCUAGCUACACAACUGACCCAAGCUACACCACUGACCCUAGCUACACCACUGACCCUAGCUACACCACUGACCCUAGCUACACCACUGACCCUAGCUACACCACUGACCCUAGCUACACCACUGACCCUAGCUACACCACUGACCCUAGCUACACCACUGACCCUAGCGACACUACUGACCCUAGCGACACAACUGACCCUAGCUACACAACUGACUCUAGCUACACAACUGACCCUAGCUACACCACUGACCCUAGCUACUCAACUGCUAGGAAGUUAGGGAUUUAUGCAAAACACUUAAGUCAAGUUAAGUCCAACCAAAAACCUCUAUUUCAUUUCUCUAACAGCAUCCAGCAAACAUUUCACCAACUUUAACUAUUGAAUACAAAUAUCUAAGAUAUUUAAAACUGGAUACAGUUCAUUGAAUUUAAUAACUUGUGAAAAUCUUUUUAAGCCCAGACACAAGUCAUCACUGAGUGAACUUCCUUUCAGAUAUCACUGGAUUCACUGCAAGGAAUUGAAGUAGCUGACUGUGUCCACCGCCUCCGUAACAUGUUAAAGUCUUUGUGUGGGAAUGCAGGAUAUGACAUCACAUACAUGACGAAACCAUUGCCGACUGUCAGCAGUAACGGCAGCACCUAUAUUUAUACACUUAUUGACAAGGAAGGGAGGUAAUAAUAAUGUUAGCCUAAGCAAGCUGCCAGUCAGUCAUGCUGUCUCUGGCCAUGUCAAUUUGCUAAUUUAUAGUGUUUAUUCGUUCCUAUUGUAAAAUUUUAUUAACUUUGAAAUUCACCCUGGGUUUAUUGCCAAAAAGCUUCAACUGUCAAUAAAAUUAUUUAGUUAUAAAAUUCAUCAGACACCCAAAUGGUCCCAUGAAAAAUAUAGCAGCUAGUAAACGUUUCACACAGAGAAAAUACGUACAUAUUGAGUGGAUGCAGAAGUAAUAUUCUAAAAAUGGCCACGGUUAACUACUCUGAUAUUUUAAAAUAGAAUCGACUCAUCAAACAUGAAGUUUUCAACCUUUUUAAAAGAAUGAUGGCACGGAGUACAAGAAGGAAUUAUUUUUAAUUCCUACAAUUUUUCUGUUGUCCAUUUAUCGGAUGGUUUCUUGUUUAGCAAACCUGACAAGUAAAAGAAAAAGUAAAGUAAGGUUCUCGUCAGGUGAGGCGGAGUCCGAGAAUUUUUUUUUUUAACAAGUAAUGUGGGAAUUAUAGCAGAAAAAAGUGUGAUGCACCACGCUGUUUAGCCGCAUUGCCAUUUUCAAUUUUCAGAUGAAGCACCAUUAUAUUUUAAUUUCAGCCAAAACAAUCCUGGUGGAACUUGAUAAUAAUUUUUGCUAUGUUUUUUUUUUUUCUCUUUCAAUCAGAAAUGUGUUUGCAAGUUCUAAAAACAAAAAUGAGUUAUCAGAAUUAGGUCAGCAGUGGGUGGCAGGGUCCUUGAAACAUCAGGCCGCCGUGACAGGUCUACUUCGACCUACUUUAAACUGUUACACAGGAGAGGCCGAUGAACAAGAUCUUAAUAUAUCCUGGACGUCUGAGUCAUCAAACAGGUUUGUGAAAGCAAUUUACCAAAUGCAAAAAAAAACCAAAAACAUAUUAGAAAUCCACUUUUUUAAUUAACUCGACUUGGGCUGUUGCCAGGGGCGUCAUUGUAGGUUUUUUCCAGGUGUCACGAAUUGCUUCUUUAAUAUAGUGUUUGAUGGUGUCGUCUCCGUUGUCUAGGCCUAGGGGUAUGAUAUUUCAAACACACUGUCACUGUACCCUAAUACACAAGAGUACACGAACACUGGACUAGAGAGUUAUUAGUGGUAAUUAAUAAUGAGCUUUAUUAUCAUAAUCUACAACAAUCUAAUCUAAGUAUCCUCCCAUGAGUACUGUGGGUUCUGCUAACAAGCUUAGCCAAAGAAUCACACAUACAACAUGGAUCACAACACUACUACUAUUUACUACCACUACUAAUACUACUACUACUACUAGUCUACUACUAACACCAACUAACAAACACUGAUACGUUCAGCGUCCUACCCCACUCGCUCUCCCUGCUCUACUGACCAACUGACCAACUGACCACCUGCACAUACUACCGAACUACCCCCUUUCCCAUUGUAUGCCUAUGCUAUACCAGAACUUAUAGUUCGCCUGGCACAAAACAGGUGCUCAGGGAUUCUAACAACUUGACACCAGGGAGAGUGUGGGGAGGGGGGGGACCAAAACUUGUUUGGCUUGUUGAGUUGUUUAUUACUGGAGGUGCCACAGUACAUAUCAAUUUUAAUAAAACCUGCAAAUUCAGGGGGAGGGGGGCAAAUGCCCCACCUUUCCUUACCCAAAUGACAUCCCUGGCUGUUGCUAAAAAAGAAAAAGUCUGAUAAGCACAAUCUCAUUUAAAUAAAACCAUAUUUUAAUAUUUAUUCUUUUUAAACAGCACCAAAGGUUAAAAUUAUGAAAUGUUGUAAGGGGCUAAAUCAACUUUUCCAAUGAUAAAUCUCCCUUGCAGAAAAGCCAGAUUAAAGCUUGACCUGACCAACGACGGCCCUCAAAUCGCAGAUGCCCUUCCCACCUCGGCAAGUAAUCCAUACAUUGUGCUUGGGGCCAUUGUGGCUGCUGGUAUGGAUGGACUUGUCACAAAACUUUCUCUUCCAGUUGAGGUAAAGUAUUUUUGGAAGGUAUCUUCAUUAGUAUUUAUGUCGUCCAGGGCUAGAAAGAUGGUGAUGCCCCUUAAGAACUGUUAUUUGAAAUUGCAUCUAAAUUCAUCUCUUAGCUUCAAGCCAGGGCAGUUGGGCUGGAUGUUUUAACUUGACUUGGUUUCAGUCAUUGGAUCAUCAUUUUAAUUUUUCAACGCUACCAACAUGUUACUUUAGGGGACUUGAAAUAUUAAAUAACUUAAUUGUAAUUGUUUUAACUACUUUAAAUAGUGUAUUUUUUAAACAGUUAUAAUGUAAACAUUGGAUAUAAUCUGAUAUUUCGUCAUUCUCAAAAAUAUUUCAUAAGAUUUAAUAGGAUGUUGUUAAAAUUAUUAACUACAUGCGUAGUGGCAUAAAGAAAGUGGGACAGCCCAUGAAAUCUUGUGCAGAAUACAUCAAAUUAGUUUUUGGGUGGUUUUUAAAUGGUAAAAAUGAUCCUUACUUACUAACUCAUAAAUAUAUAGCUUCACGACUUCGUUAACUUCCAGCCAUCAACUUUAAAUUUUAAUAACUUUUCCAAUGAUACUGUUUUUUUAAAAUAAAAACAAGAAGUGGCAACCGAAGAAUGAAUUCAGAGUUAAAUUUUCCGAAUUGAAAAACAAUGAGGCGCUGGGAAAAUGAUUACCGACUUUCAGAAUAAAGCAUGAAGUAAAACAAUUCUUUACAAGUAGAACAACACAAUUUUGCCAAUGGUACGACAGCAAAAAAACUAGGAAGCCGCCGCAUAAAGUCUGCUAUAACAGUGCAGAACACUCAGGGUGUGAUUCCGCUGAGUGGAAGCCAUGAUGACGACUCUCACAGUCACAAGAGUCCAUGGGGAAAUGAAGGGGAAGCUGAUAUAUCAUGAAGAACUGUGCAACACAUUGGGACGCAAGAUCUGAUACUAGAAAUGAACAAAUUCAUUAUAGGGCAGGUUAUAAAAAAAAAAAUUAAAAAAAGAAGCAAAUGUCAAUAUCAGCAAUGAGAUAAACAGCUACUGGUUAGGUUUCCAAACCAGAAAAGUGUGUGAAAUGUUUGGUUUAGUUUACAGACAUAAAGGCAUUUUCUAUCGCCACACCCUUUAGUUAUAAAGAUGAUCUUUUUUAUAACAAAGCAUGAAGGAGAAAACAAGUGCCAGCAACGAGACUCAGACAUGAACAUAAACAAUUCAAUUUUGGUCGGUGUGUCUCGGUGUGUCUCGGGUGUGAAGAACAAGUGUGGUGUUUGUGGAGCCUGGAGCAAGAUUAAAUAGUGAGUACAACUCUGAAAACUUCCAAGGACAAAGAUGGCUUCCGGAUAGUCAAGCCAGAUGUAAUCAUCAGAACUGGACACUGCAACAGGAUGGAGCUCCUUCACAUGCCGCGAGGACAAUUUAACCUUCAUCGAACCAGACAUGUGCCCCCCCCCCCCCCCCCACCACCCCCGAACAGCCUGAAUCUAAAUCUGAAAGAUUGUGAUAUCUGGGGUGCCUCCAGCAAAAAUUUACCUUUGUAACAAAUCUGCAACAAGAGAGCAACUGAAUUGGGCCAUUGUUCAAGAGUGGCUAAAAUUGGGUCAGAGGUUUACAAACAGGUGCAUUGACCUUAUGCAGGGGUACAGCAACAAAAGAGCAACUGAAUUGGGCCAUUGUUCAAGAGUGGCUAAAAUUGGGUCAGAGGUUUACUAACAGGUGCAUUGACCUUAUGCAAGGGCACAGCCCAUUAGAAAACAUUUUCCAGAACCAAUGAGGACACAACAAAUUUGAUUUUGUUAUCUAUGAAAUUAAGUUUUAUAAACAUUUUACUAGUAACUAUUUUAGAAGUUAGAAGUAACAAAAAAAAACCCAGAUAUUAUUAAAAAUCAUUUAAGGCGGUCACACUUAUUUUAAGCAACACCCUGUUUAUCUAUCCAGAACAGCCCUGUAUGUUUGUUGGGACUGGCCUUGUAUAUUUGUUGGGACCGGCCUUGUAUGUUUGUUGGGACUGGCCUUAUAUGUUUGUUGGGACUGGCCUUGUAUAUUUGUUGGGAACGGCCUUGUAUGUUUGUUGGGAAAGGCCUUGUAUGUUUGUUGGGACUGGCCUUGUAUAUUUGUUGGGAGCGGCCUUGUAUGUUUGUUGGGACCGGCCUUGUAUGUUUGUUGGGACUGGCCUUGUAUAUUUGUUGGGACCGGCCUUGUAUGUUUGUUGGGACUGGCCUUGUAUGUUUGUUGGGACUGGCCUUGUAUGUUUGUUGGGACUGGCCUUGUAUAUUUGUUGGGACCGGCCUUGUAUGUUUGUUGGGACUGGCCUUGUAUGUUUGUUGGGACUGGCCUUGUAUAUUUGUUGGGAACGGCCUUGUAUGUUUGUUGGGAACGGCCUUGUAUGUUUGUAUCAAAUAGACUUGUCCUUAAAGUGUGUGAAAAGUUGAUAUUAACUAAAUAUACAAAAGCCAUUGAACUAAAAUCAGUAAUAAAAGUCUCUCAAUAGGAUUAUAAGAACUUAAAUAUAAUAAUAAAAAUACCAUGGUUAAAAUGAAUUAACACAUUAAAUAACAGCAACUCAAUCAUGUGGCAUGCAAGAAGCAAAGUUUUAGUAAUGUUAACAGAGUUUAAAAAUGUUACUUUUCAGUUAAGUGACUCUCCAUCGGCUGAGAAAGGUCCUAGUUCACUUCUGGAGUCUCUGUCUGUUUUGGAGAAGGACACUGUCUUCAAAUCUGGCAUUUUUUCAAAAUUUGUUGAACGUUUCAUCCUCCUCAAGAAAGAAUUUGAAAUCGGACGGCUUGAGAAGAAGAACGACUCGGAAGAUAAUUUUACUUUUGAGAGGUCAAUAUACUUAAAGUAUCUGUAGGUUGAGGUUGAUCUAUGUCUUUAAAAUUUUAACUUUUUGAAAGUUUUUUUAAGCCAAAUGGUUUAAAAGAUGUCAUGUAAAUAAGAAGUUGUUUUGUAUAAGUGUCAGGGAACCAAUUAUAAAAAAUAAAAAUGAAUUACAAAAAAAAAAGGUUAAAAUAAAAACAACAUAAAAGUGCACUGCAAAGUAAUAAAAUAGUCAUUCCAAGUUUGGUUUUAUUUUUUUUUUUGUUAACAUAAAACAAGAAAAGUUUUAACCUAAAGUUAAAUAUAAUUGAAUUAAACAAAAAUAAUUUUUUUUUUCAAUGAAUAUUUAGAACACACCACUUGGAUACAGAUAUAGUCAUUAGAUUAUUUCAUCCCAUUUCUGUUAUUUUAUGAAAUUUGUCAAGAGAAUUUUUUUAAAAAUCCAUUCGUACAUUUCAAUAAAUUUAUUCCUCAAGACAAUGGUCACAUAGCAUAGAAGUUUCUCUUUAAAAAUGAAAGAUACAUGAUGCAAUAUACAACUUGAUGAAUAAAUAGUUAAACUUGAAACUAGUAAAAAAUAAAUAUACAUUUAGGCCCUAAGUCUUUUCUAAAAAAUAUGCGGAUAAGGUUUUAAAAAUAUUUUCAAUAUAAACUUGUUAGAGUUUCUUGAGAGUGGGAAAAUGAGUUAAAAAAUGUUUUACGUAUUAAUUACGAUAUAAUAUAAUGGAUUUGAAAUCAUUUAAAAGUUAUUUUGAAUGGGAGUUUUAAAAUAAAUUUUUAAAUGAUUGAAAGAUCACUCAAAUAAAACUAAUAAGUAAGACAGAUAACUCCUAAUCACAAAGUAAGUAUCAUUUUAAGCUUCUACAUAUGAUUGCUCAUUCAUUGAUAAUGCUUUUAAACACUGUCUCGCUGUCACUCACACUGUCAUAAUUUUGUUCUUUAUAAACAGACACAUGUAUCAUUGCAACAAGACAAAGUGUAAUAAAAUUUUGUAUUUGAAGUUUUUAAUUCUGUCCAUUCCAUCACCUUCUAAAUUCAUAAUAUUUCAAUUAUAGUUAUCUUAGAAUUAUCAUUUCAAUUGUUUAGGACACCUUUAAAAAAAAUAUUUUUUUUUUAGACUUGACACACUAUAAAGCUAAUUACUCAGAUUAUAAGAAUAUGGCACAUAUAUGAUUAAAUUUAUCAGUUGUAUUUGUGAGAAAAACCCAAGAAAGUGUUAUUUAUAGAUUAGAUUAACUUCAAAUAGAGGGGUCACAUUAUAAAAGUCAUUAGAGGUCAAAUAAGUUUGCAUUUUAUGGGUGAUCUUUAUAUUGUGAAAAUUUACAUGGACCUACUAUUUAAAAACAGGAAAUAAUAAUUCACAUAACAACUAUAUUACAAGUCUCAUGCAAUAAAAGGUAUGCUAUGUAUGAAAAAAACAUUUCUUUAAAUAGCACAACUCAAUAUUUCAUACCUAUAUAAGCCAAUAAAUAAAAAUUUUAUUUCCUGCUUUACUGGCUCAAACUUAUAUUAUAGGUUACAGAAUGGAGCUUUGUAUUAUGACAUAUGAAGGCUGAUUUUUUUGACUGAGGAAUACUUAAAAUUUUUUUGUGCUAAAAUUGUUUUAGUUUAAAUUAUUUAAUUUGUUUGUCUUUGUAAUAAUAUUUAUCCAUAUGCUGAAAAUGAAUCUGAACAACAAUGUAAAAUAAAAAAAAAAUAAAAAAGUC